AUGGCUGUGAAGGGAAUCCCUCGAAAUAGAGCAUCCAAGCAAGGCUGUCUCAGCUGUAAAAAGCUUAAAAUCAAAUGCAAUGAAGAAAGACCAGUGUGUGAAUACUGUCACCACAGAGGCAGACGGUGUGUGUACCCAGACGAGUUCCAGGUGGCUGUGAACGGGCCACUGCCGAAAGAGAUAGUGGAUGAAUAUCUACUGUCGUCGUCGCUGAGUUCGGAAGAUUCGCCGUUUGACGAGAAUGCGUUCUCUCUACGAAGAAGGUUUACCUUUGAUAUACUACUCACAUCCACGGCCAAUAUCCUAGGCCUACUGCGGUUCGAGUUCCGUGUGCUACGGUUCUUUAACGACGUGUGUGUGCCGUUCAUGACGUAUAACGUGAAUAGGCGUCAUAGUGUUGUGUGGGAAGUGGUGGUGCCCCAGUACGUUACGAAAUCGCCAGCGAUCAGACUGGCUAUUUUGGCUAUGGGAUGUCUCAACAUCAUGCCUGUUUUGGGCUUGGAUAAGCUAAUAGAGGAUAAUAUGGACGAGAACGAGUUGGCCAGGAAAUUGGAGGCGGGAAGCGAUUCGAUGGAGGUCCAGAAACUCUUUGCUGAUGAUUACCUUCUUGAAGAGGAGUCUGAGGUGAACUUGUUUCGCCACGCUUCUGAAUUCUUCUCAGAUGCUGUCCAUGGGGUUCACAGAGCGGUGGCUCAUCUUCUGGAUCCGAAUAUUUCUUAUUCAGAUAGGAUUCUCAGUCUUAGUGAUGCUACAAUCUCCAGUUACCUCAUAUACAGCUUUUUGGGCCUACAUCCAUGGAAGAUGCUCCCCUUAGUUCAUUUUCCAGAAGAAGGCGAAGAGCCAAGAGCAGAUAUGCUUAGUAUCGCUGCUGGAAUGAAGACGGUAAUCAUGGAAAACCGUGAGGAGCUUCGUUCUUCUGAUAUAGGCGAACUCUUCCAUAUGGAUGAGCUCCAGUUCGUCUUUAGGCUGAAAGUGAAGCUAGUGGAGGAGCUCAAGUCCCAAUUUAAUGAUUAUUUGCACGGCAUCAACUUCCUCGAUAUCAAUCCCAAGAUUAACGAUAUGAUCCAAGAUAUACGGGAGUGCUUGGCGCUUCUAGACAAGGUGUGUUCUUUGUCGAUCAAAUUCAACUACCCAGUGCUUGUGUUCAAAUGGCUACCGAUGGUUGGGCCCGAACUCAUUCCUCAUAUACGAGCCAAAGAGCCCUUUGCACUUCGUGUGUUGUUCGUUUACGCCUGUUUAUGUGUAUACUAUCGGUUUUGGGCAUUCGAGCACAACGUGUGGAAAGACUUCAUUUUGUGGUACAGGGACCGUUAUGGGCCUUUGUGUGACUUUGACGAAAGACUAUACCAUUACGUCAUCGUAAAGAGAAAAUAUAUUAACGCUGAAAAUUAUUAUAUCCUCAAGGACUUUGAUGUGUGGUCUUCUGAGUUCGACUACGAUUCGGCUAUCCUGACGGUUGAACUGACACCUUUCUUCGUUUAG